AUUCAUUUAUUUUUAAUGAGCGAGGCGCGUGGUGGAGUGUGGGAGGAGCAGCUGGUUGCUAAGAAGGUCCCCCUCCCGGAAGUUUACGUGAACGCAUAUAUGGUGCUCCAGCUUCCCUGCGCUUUCUGCAAUACAGGGCGGUCUCUUAGUGGAAAUAUGGCUGCCUCUGCAUCGGAGAAGAUACAACGCAGCAUUGCAAAUAACAGAAACGCUGUCGAUGAGCUAUCUUCACAGUCGAAAGAAAUAAUAAAACCUGAUAUAUCGGAGCUAACCAAAGAGGUGCGGACCAACAUCCUCUGCACUGUUGAAGGAUGUGGAAAAAUCCUUCCAAAUACCCCAGCCCUGAACAUGCACCUUGUUAAGUCCCACAGAGUCAAGGAUGGCAUUGUCAACCCGACUGUUCGAAAGGAUAUGAAAGGGCCACAAAAACUCUAUUGCUGUCCAAUAGAGGGAUGCCCAAGAGGACCAAACCGACCCUUCUCCCAGUUCUCUUUAGUCAAACAGCAUUUCAUGAAGAUGCACACUGAGAAGAAACACAAAUGUCUGAAGUGUAGCAACAGCUACAGCACCGAAUGGGACCUCAAAAGACACGCAGAGGAUUGUGGGAGAACAUACAGCUGUACAUGUGGCUGCCCUUAUGCUAGCCGUGCAGCACUUUUGUCCCAUACCUACAGAACUGGUCAUGAGAUUCCAGAUGAACACAGAUAUCCACCAGUGAAGAAAAGAAAAAUGGAACGCAUGAUCUGUAGUGCAACCAAAGUCCGACCCAUGGAGCAGACGUAUCCCAUGAUUGGGUCUGAAAAGGAACUGUCCGAGGGAGCCAUCCCUACCGAAGGAGCCUGGCAGACCCAUGACACUGCAAAACAAACUCCCAACCCUCCAAAAACCAUGCAGAAGCUCCUCCUGCCCAAGCCUAAAAUGGCCCUGGUCAAUGUUCCUGUGAUGCAACUAGCCCACCUUCCAGUCCUCCUUCCUUCGGCAGAUAGCAGUGCCUUGAGGUCUGUCGUUCUGGCUUUAGAUUCACAAGGCUCCUUUAGCGCUGUCCAUCUUCUCCCUCAGUCUUUUGGAACAGUCAUGCCUGCACUAAACACCAAGAAUUUAACCUUUAAAGACACUGUACCAUUCUCCAGAUCAGGCUCUGUUUGUGUCAGCACUGGUAUCCAGGUAAGCCUGGACAGUACAAUGCCUUCUGGUGACCUGGUUGCAGGACUGACAUUUAGAGGUAAGAGCACCUCAACAGACAUUCAGACAGACAUUUCAUACCUCAAAAAGGGACCAUCUGUGGAAGGGUCAGUGAUGAGCACCAUGGGAGAGUCUUCGGUCUCCUCCUGCGCUCAAACUGACAUUAGCGUGAGUGCUCAGGUCUUGUUGCCGGUCAGUGUGCAGACCCAGACGUUUCCCUCACGGGCCAAAACCACUUCGUCCAUAGGGGCACAGACAGAAACCCUCAACCAGCUGUCUUUUCAACCCUUUAACAGAACUAGGGAGACUCAGACUAAUUACACCCCAGAGGAAAAGGUUCUGAUGAACCAAGCUGUGAUGUGUUCUGGUCUCUUUGAUUCCGAUUCACCAAGUGUCUCCACACAAACAGUCUUGACAGACAUUCCAUUCUGCACCAGUGUUGGUGUUGACCCCCUGAGCACAUCAGAUUCCGUGCUCUACAAUGAUAAAACGGAAGGACCCAUGUUCAACCAGAGUUCAGUGGCAGACAACCAAACUCAGACCAUGACACUUUUCAAUGACUUGGAGAAUAUCCUGUCUCAUGGCAUUGGUGAUGGGACCCUGGAGAAUGACCAGGCACUGUCCGCAUCAGCAGCAGGCUGCGGAUCAGGACUGGAACACGUGCAGGAGAACAGCGCAGGUAUUGACUUUGACUUCGAGGAGUUCCUAAGUGCUGCACACAUUCAGACACAGACCGAGGAGAGUGAUCUGGGAGGCUUGAGCUCAGAGACGCAACUGGAGCUGCUUGACAUUGAGACACAAACCGACUUCCUGCUCCUUGACAACCUCAGUGGAAGUGAUGUUACUAGAACUCAGUCAAACGACUUGGAGCAGGAAAUGUUUGACACACAGACACAGACAGACCUGAACUUCCUGCUCAACCCAAGCGGUCACAUGUCGUUUGGGAAUAUCCUGAGACAGUCUAGCUUCAACAUGAGCACUGAGUCUUCAGACAACGAGACUCAGACAGACAUCCGCCCAGCCCCAUUACCCCUGCCAUGCACAUCUGAUGGACACGUGAGGCUUAGCAGCACAGAGACCCAAACAGUAACAAGCUCCUUUGACAGUCUAGGUCACCUGUUCCUUACGAGCAACGAGACCCAAACGGUCAUGGACGACUUUCUGUCAGCCGACGUCGCCUGGAACAUGGAGUCUCAUUUCAGCUCAGUAGAAACACAAACCUGCGAGGAGCUGUACUCUCUUUUUCAACACUCAGAGAAGCCCAACACUUGAGGACACAGCUCCCCCAUGGCGGCUGGAAUUUAGAUCCGAAAGAAACUCUGGCCUCUGAAAUGUACCUUUCUGAGGGAGGCUGAAGGGUCAGAAAAUGGGUGUCCACAAACACUCCUCAGUAGCCUUUAGAAACCCCCUGCCACUAUGUUCACUCACUAAAAUGUCAUUCCAAAUGUGUGAGGUAGUGAAAACAUUUCCGAAAAUGUACUGGCGGCACUUUUAGUUCUCAUUUCUUGGUGAUUUGCACAGCGACCGAAACACUAAAGGAUAAAUUGUAAUCUGUACAGUCAGAACAUGUGUCAUUUCAACACUUUAUGACGGGUGCUCUUUCAUUAAAUGUUUUUUUUUUUUUUUUUAACAUGCCCUCAAUGAAUGUCAACAUAAUGGCAGUUGUGAGAACUCGUACAGAAGAGUGUAAGGUAAUAGAGUUUAAAAUUCAGCAAAGUGAAAGGUAAACUGACAAAACACUAGUGCUCACAUGACAAUAUUUGAAAAAGAAAAACAUUUGGUCAAGCCGUCACUUGUGAGAACUGCCCAUAGACCUCACUGGAAAGAUUCUUUGCAAUUCAGUCAGACACUACUAUUGGCCAAGAAGAUAUUUCUUAACCAAGUUAUUGCUCUUUAUAUAUUUGUGAGCUUGCUGUGAGUGUAAAGCAAACCUUUAUAACCUGUGAUGUAAAUUGUGAAAGUCUACAAUAUGUUAGAUAGAACAAAAGUGUGUCACUGUGAAGAAAGGGUAACUGUGCUCCUUUGCAAGAUUCAUGCUCACAUUUAUUAUUGCUAUCUAUUAAGAAUACACACUCAGUCAUCACAAGGCAACUAUUUCUUUCAAAGUAAUACUGUUUACAUGUGUUUUUGUUCAUUAAGCCUACCUAAAUACUUUGGGCAUGAGCUUUUGAAAUCUCACAGAAAUACCUGCAUUGAAUGUGCAUUUUUGUAUUUAUUUGUCUUGUUAACUAUUUGCACGGUUAUUUUUGUUUGUUGGUGCCUUAUUUUAAUAGAAGGUAAGCGAUGGCCAUUUCGUUGUAGGUGGUGAUACUGAGACAUAAUAUACCAUGAUGUAUAGUGGAUAAUCCAACAUGUUUUUUUUGUGAUUUUUUUAUUUUUUUAUUUUAUUUCCCCCCUCCUGGUUAAAUACUGUUUUGGCUGUGUGGGCAUUUGGCUUUUGGAUAACCAAUGCCCAACUACAAGUUGCUGUGUAAAGCAAAAAGAUACUUGUGUGGAUGUCUGAAUAUCUGCCAUGGAAACCAUAUUAACCAGCAUUCCAUAUUUGUUGUGUGUGUGAGAGAGUGUUGCAUCAAAGCAUGUGGUAGUCAUUAUAAAUCUAGCUGAAUCCAGCACCUGCUGCUUCUGCAACCUUGCAAGUUAACCUUAUACCAGUGCCUAUGUCAUUUCCAUUCUUCAUACAUUUUGACUGUGUGUGUGUGUGUCUGUUUUACUAUGUUUGAAAGGAAGGACAUGGCCACUUGCAUUGUUUACCAUUCAACCACUCUGUAUCCUUUUACUUUGUUUCUGGAACAGAAUGUGUAAACCUAGAAUCACAGCCAAAUGUACUCUGUAAAAUAUUUAGAUGCUGUUGUUGAGAAUACGUAGUGUCUCAGCAGAUACUUGAUUAAUACUAGUUGCUUGAUUGGAAACAAGACACCUUCUUUUUUCUUUUUUUUUCAGAAGUACAAUCACCCUUUAGAGUCUGACCAAUAACUUGGUCCCCAAGUGUAAUUUUUCAUGUAUGUUAUGUCCAUAGAUAUAGAAUGGUAUUCUAUGUCUAUGUUUAUCUCUGUUAACUGUAGAAUGCAAGUAGCACAGUGCCCAUACAGGCUGAGAUGGCAAACAGUUGUGUGUGUGUGUGUGUGUGUGUGUGUGUGUGUGUGUGUGUGUGUGUGUGCGUGUGCGUGUGCGUACAAAGAGAAAGAGGGAACCUAUUAGGAUGGCCCCACGUCCAGUCCUUUUGAGUGAAAUUUACCUCAUCAAAAUGUAAAGCAAAAUGACAAACACUUGUUACUGAUUACUGUUACUGAUGGUAUUAUCAUUUUGGUGUGUAAUUAUUUUCUGCAUUUUCCAAAGCUGGAUUCACACUUCCCAUCUCAAACUUUAAAGAAAUAUAUUAUACUGAUCUGAUCACAAACUGGAAAAAACAAUAUUUGUUAAUGUUUCCAUUUUCAACAAAUUGUUCAAAACUGUGUUAACUUAUACCUGAAAUGUUUACUUAAAGCGCUUUGUUUUUUUCCAGAGAAAGCAUGCUAUUUUGUUUGUGCCAUGAUGAGUUCACUUGAGUUUCCUUCCUGUCAAGGAGGUUAAUUCUGUUGUUGCACAAGCAUAAUAAAUGAGCAUUAUAAAUCA